AUGCCAAUCAAAGAAGCAUAUCUGGUCAGCGACAGGUCAUCAGUAACUGCUAACGUCAACAAUGGAGAGUCUGUCUCCGUGAUCAGCAUCAGCAGCAACAAUACAUAUCAGCUGUGGAGAACAGCUGGUAAGGUGAGCUCCAUUUCCGACGAGUUAUCCGACCUCGGCGUAAACAUGCACAUGUUCAAAGUGGGAGACAAUGAAACGGAACUAUAUGUACAGUUGUCCACAAGUUACAGUCCCGGAACAGUGAGCUACUACCUCGUCUUCUGUGCUCAAAAUUGUCAGGCUGAUGUGCUAGCCAUGCCUGAGAUGUUCUUGAUGACUCUGAUGUUCACACAACGGGGAAGGGAGCUGGCCAUGGUGCAUCAGUUUGAUGCUGUAGGGGACAUUCCAUCAAAUAUUAAUGUCUUCCCUAAUACUGAAUUCGGAUUUAAUCUUCAAACGUUUGAUAUGACUACUUUGCCGUGGAACCCAUUCAUCAUCCGUACAAGACAAAGUGAUGGACAGAACUCAUCUUACAUCGGCUACACUAUAGACUUACUCGUCGAAUUAUCCAGGGUUUUGAAUUUUACAUACAAAUUCAGGGAGCCAGCAGAUGAUGAAUGGGGACGGGUCGUCGAUGGCAACUGGACAGGCAUGAUUCAAAUGCUGAUCAGGAACGAAGUAGACAUUGCAAUGGCCCCUCUCAACCCAACAAGUGAGCGUCAAGCAGUGGUUGACUUCACCUAUCCCAUGAGCAACGACUUCAUCACAGUCCUAUUCACAAAGAAUGACUCCCGGACCGAAAAGUGGAUGACGUUUCUUCAGCCAUUCAGCCGGCCCGUAUACGGCCUGAUUGGCCUGAGUGUCGUCCUUGCUACCAUCAUGCUGACCGUGCUCGAAAGCUACAGCCCACGUACCCUGGGGUCUCGUCGAAUGUCCAGCAAGUCACUACAGGACAUGUCCUGGCACAUGAUUGGCUCCCUGUUUGCUCAAGGUGGUGAUGCCCCUCCGAGCUCCCUCCCUGGCCACGUGAUGAUGUCGUUCUGGUGGCUCUUCACCUUCAUCAUGGCGUCUGUGUACUGUGGGAACCUGACAGCGUUUUUAACCUUCAGCAUUGAACAUCCACCGCUGGACGGACUGGAGGACUUGGUCAGUAACAGCGACUACACAUAUGGCUAUGUUGGAGGCAGUUCGUAUGAUACUUUCUUUGAGGGCACGACAAUACCUCUGUAUAGAAAGAUGGGUAAGCGGGUAAAGGAAUUCGCCCAAACUGAUCCAUCACAUCUGAGCAAAGACAUUGAUGUGCAUUUACGAAAGGUCAAGGCCGGGUCGUAUGCAUUUAUUAGUUCCCGGAUCUUGUUCGGCCUUUGGAUGGUUGAUAACUGCGAUCUGACAGUCAUGAAAGAGAACAUUAUUCCAACAUUCACAAGCAUUGCUCUGCCAAAACACUCAGAACUAACAAAGAUAUUCGCCGAUGCGUGA